AUGGCUGGUGGAUCACGAAGAAGUAACAACAAUGCCAGGUUCUAUAACGCAAAUUCAAGUAGGGAAUCAGAUUGUCAUGGUUUUAAUAAAAAGGUGACAUUCAAAGCAAAUAACCGUGGAGGUAAUUAUUAUCGUAAAAGUUGGGAAAAUAAAACUGAUUUGGUCCGUUACCAACUAGAUGGUGAAUUUCCUAAUCGAAAUGGUCGAAAAUCUCUUCCUGAAAGAAACCAUAGACGUAAUGGUAAUAGUAUUUACAGAAACUUAUCACAGGCUUUAAAAGAAAGUAGUACUGGAUGGUAUUCAGUUUUUGUGCCAAAUGUUGAAGAUUGUGACAAAGUCCUUAAAAUAAUACAAACUUAUGUCAGACCUGUUGUAUUUUAUCCAUACUAUAAACAAUAUUGUGAUAAUAAUUUAAGUUUUUUUGUCGAUGAUUUUAAAGUUGCUAAAACAUUGCACAACACUAGUUAUAAGAUAACACAAAUUAAUGAUCGAAAAUUACUUAUAAAAGUGAAAUCAUAUUUGCCUAUGCGUGAUCUUAUAUCAUUCACACCAGUAUCCAGUAAAGUGAAAGAGAAAAUGAUAGAAGCCAUGGCGACUCGUUACGAUCCUAAUAACAAGAGUUUAGAUUUGUCACAAUUUCAUGCUUGCACACUGUUUACCAAUAAUCAACUAUUCGUACCAUUAAAUCGACCAGCUGUUCUUUUAGCAGCACUCAACAUGGUUGCUCAACAUACCAAGCAUGACUUGUAUGGUUUAAGUCUUAAAAAUAAUAACAUAUAUUUAGAUGAAGGUCUUGUAUGGAUACGUAGAUUGUUCCCUGAACUGAAAGUGUUGGAUUUAGCUGGAAAUAAAUUAUCUGGUUUAAAAAAAUUAAGGUGUCUCUCAGGUUACACUAUACACGAGCUGAACUUGUCCAGAAAUCCUCUGAGCAAUACAGAGGACAAAAAGCGUUACAAACGGAAUGUACAAAAAAUUUUUCCAAUGCUAAACAAGUUGGAUAACUCAGAACUGCUGCCUCUGUACAACAAUGCAUUUAUUGGAUCCAAGCUAAAAAUGCCAAUUAACUUGGGUAAUAGUUAUCCAAUACCAGAAGGCCAUAAUCCUGAACAGCCAAAUCCAAUAUUGACUUUAGUAGAAUCAUUUCUCAGUCUAUAUUAUGUACUAUACGAUGACCAAGUGUCUAGACAAAAGUUAAAGGAAGCUUACCAUGUAAAUGCCACAUUUACGUUAUCCAGUUGUUUUUUAUUUCAAAAAGUCUCACAUAGUUUAUCAAAGUAUCUACCUGAAAGUAGAAAUUUUUUGAAAUCUGACCAAAACAGACACGGAAGAUGUCAGUUUUUACAUAAAGGCAAAGAAGAUAUUAUAAACUUUUUAGACAAGUUACCUAAUACCAAACAUGAUUUUGGUUCAUUCAUGGUUGAUGUUCCAUUGGCAACUGCUGCAAUGGUUCAGAUUGUAAUAAACGGUGUGUUUGCUGAAAAUUUUAAAGAAACCAACUAUAGAAACAUAUAUCGAUCAUUCUGCAGAACAUUUUGUAUAGUGCCGGUCGGGAGUGGUUGGAAUAUAAUUAGCGAUAUGUUAUUUGUAACAAUAGUCACUGAUGAAUUAUUAAUAGAGUCUUCAAAACGGUUCAAUGUUUUCAAACAAAAACCAGAAUCACCAAAAAUAGAUAAUUUAAAUAGCAGCAGUAACCAAAAUGGAACAAUAUUUAUGGAGGAUACUGAUGAAAUGGCUGACAUGGAAUCACCAUCUUCCUAUCAACAGCCUUCCAUACCCACCUGCCCACCACCACCACCACCACCACCACCACCACCACCACCACCAUCUUAUCAGCAAUCUACAUAUUCAUCUUAUCAGCCUUCAUUGAUGGCGCCUAUUAAUCCACAUCAAUCAUCACCUUAUCAAGGGUGCAUACAGAUAAUGGCACCUGCAUCAACAGCAAAUUCCCAACCAGACUCUCGACAGCAGUCAAAUUCCUCAUUUCCUAUUUCCAACACAAUAUCAACUUCAACAACAGUCUUUCCUACACCUUCAACCUCUGUUUCCUUGCCUAUAAAUCAAUUGUCGACUGAAGUGCCUGUAAAUUUGAUGAUUGAUACUAACGCAAAUCCCGAUAAGAUGACUAUGGUUAAGAAUUUUUCUAAUGAGUCUGGAAUGCAUAUUGAUUGGGCUGAAAAGUGUUUAGAACAAAAUGAUUGGGAUUAUGCUAAAGCUGUUUCAUGUUUUUCAGAUCUAAAAGCUAAUAUUCCACCUAUGGCAUUCAUACAUUAA